AUGAAUCGAUCCAACGUUUACAGUGAGUAUAGUCAAGAGAAUUGUUGCAGUAACAGUACUGCUAAUGUCGCAUUUACUGAAACGUCGGAAUAUUAUCUUUAUAAUCAACCUGAACAGUUUGAGGAACCUGUAGUGUCAUCUAGUUAUCAUCGAUCAUACCAAUCUAUUGAACCGCGUCCCAAUGAAGUAGGCAAUUAUUCUACUACAUUGCUUUCUGAUUCAAUUCUUCCAUCAUAUGAAGGACCUUUUGAUGAUGCAAAUCAUGUUUCUCAUAGUUAUUAUAAUCCUCCUGAAUUUUCCGACUCUAAUCAAUUCUCGGAAAACUGUCAACCAGAUUACACUUUUUAUGAGUUAUCGACCCCAAGUGGGUAUAGUAACGGUUCCAUACAAAGAACAAUCCAAUCCAAUUAUUGCAACAUAUCUCAUCCUCAGAUCUCACAUUAUGCAAACAAUCGCAAUUGCAAUAUGAGUUGUAUGGCUCAUGAAGCAGCAACUAAUUCAGUUCCACAAAGUGGAGUCAACUAUGAUUAUUCUUCUACUGGAGUAGAUCGUCUUCCACGUUCGCUUAAUAAUGACUAUGAUUCACCGGCUGUAACGAAUACCUCAUAUUCAUGCCAAGCGCAGAUCAACUAUCAACAAGAUCAUGUUUAUCAACAAGUAGAAAUUUAUCCACAUCAGAAUUCGCAAGCUUACUAUUAUUCAACUCAAUAUUCUUCUAAUCAGUCAAAUCCGCUUAUUUCUUACAAUCAGCCCACGAGUUUCGACAACCAGUCAAAGAAUUAUCAAACCUACUAUUCAGAAACACAAGAAAGCUAUUUGGAUUAUCAACCCAUUGUUUAUCAUCAACCCAAUGGAAAUAGCCAAUACACAGAGAACUACGUGGAAUCUGUUCAAUCCGUUUGGCAAGAAAGUACUUGCGGCAAUCAGCAAUCAAAUUGGUGCUCUCAAAUUCCAAGUAACUAUGCCGAUUAUAGUGAUAAUUGUGGCCAAGUUCAAGUUUACAAUGAUAACAGCGACCGUUCAUGUCAUCAGCAAUCUCAAACUUACACUUUUCCUGGCAGUUAUAAUUCCAAUGUUCAAAAUGGUCCUCAUGUUUUGCAUACCCUUUCGAAGCCUGUUCAAACCUCUGAAUCUGCUUCAAAGAUUCCAGAUAGUGGUCAGAUUGAUAAUCUAGUUCAUUUAGAUAGUGGUGAGGAAGAUGAGACAGUUCAUUCUCAAACCCUGACCGAGUCACCAUGUGAACCGAUUCAUGAAUACGCCUGUUCAGAAUGCGAUAAGCGUUUUGCUCGCCCAAGCCACCUCGAGAUCCACUUUCGAACCCACACUGGUGAGCGACCAUUCCAUUGUUGCAUCUGCUCAAAGUCAUUUACGCAAGCAUCCAACCUCCAGCGUCAUAUGCGAUCUCAUAAAACCUGGCCUCAACUUCGUUCAAUCGGAGGUAAAAUGGCUUCAAGCAAUCCCAUCGUACGCCCAUCUCGAUCGAUUAUGCCUGUCGCUCGAAGGGUGCUUGUGAUAUCAAACUCAACCGUGUUUAAUUAUAGUCUACUUGAUAAUCAAUAUGAGUGCAAAUUUUGCGGUUUGAGAGUGAAGGGAUUUCAAAAGAUGCGCUCACAUAUGAAGCAACACAAUAAUGAGAAGGUCUAUCAAUGUAUUGUUUCCUCCUGUCUGAAGACCUUUACGGAAUUGACGACCUUUAUGGAGCAUUUGAAUGUUGCUCAUGAUUUGACCAACUCAAAGUGGUUGAAGUGUGCCACGUGUCAACGACAAUUUGAAAAUGUUUCGGAUUUGCUUGGGCAUUACACUUCGAAAAAAUGUACCUCUUCAAGAAAUGCCACUAUUAAAAGGAGGCUGUUUUAUCCUCAAAGUGGACGCUCACGUACAACUCAACUAAGAUGUCCAAUCUGUCGUUACCGACGAUUUGCUCGAUAUGGAUUGCUACGAAUACAUCUGUUGAAUGAUCACUCGGUAACUAGCCUAUCAGAAGUUUCCCCAUCGAAAGCUGUGAAACCUCAAAGCCUCAAUAAACCUUUGAGUCCUAGUCCUCAAAUGCAACCAGUCAUCGCCUUAUCUCAAGAUACCCAUCUAACAUCUGCCAGCGAUCCGUCACAAGCUCCUGGCGACACCAAUCUGGAAGGAUUUGACUCAAAUCCUCCACCGCCACCUCUUCCACACUCCAACGUUCGCCUCGUUGUCGAGCGGCGAUCAUUUAAACAACGCUUUGACACUUCUCCACUUGCAUGUCCUCUUUGCCAACGGGUUUUUAAGAAAAAGAAGUUUUUUGAUGACCAUUGCGCUCUUUGUGAGCAGAAACAGGCAGAGGCAGAACGGCGUCAACGUUGGCGAGAAAGCCGUCGACAAUCUGAUGUUCUUAUAGCCUCUGAGGACCCCUUGCCACCAAUUUCUGAGACUUCACUUUUAUCUGAAAACGUCGAUGAUUCAUCCAGACGCACUCGUCGAUCUCGUCGGAAGUGUAUUCAAUCUUCCAACCUACCCAUUUCUGCAACAGCUACAGUUGUCUCUUCCAUUCAACAAACUAAAGAGCUUUCAGAAAUGGCCGGUAGAAAGCCUCUCUUGUCUGUCUGGACCGGCCCUUCUCUUCGUUUCGACCUCCUAGCUGAGUGCUCAACAACCCGUGCUCGAGUUUGUCAACUCUUCUUUCCCACUCACUGUCCAGCUGGCCCUGUUCAGACUCCGGUGUAUAUGCCUGUGGGAACCCAAGGGACUAUUAAAGGUAUCACAGUGGGACAGUUAGAGCAAAUGGAUUGUCGAAUUCUACUUGGAAAUGCCUACCACCUUGGCCACCGACCUGGUCCUGAUACUCUAGCACGAGCUGGGGGUCUACACAACUUCAUGUCGUGGCCUAGAGGCAUUCUAACUGAUUCUGGUGGUUUCCAGAUGGUCUCACUAUCGAAACUAUCUUCAACUGAUGAGAUGGGCACGCAUUUCCGCUCCCCCCACGAUGGUUCAGAAAUGCUUCUCACUCCUGAGGAAUCAGUUGGCCGUAUUCAAGCCUCAAUCGGGUCGGAUAUUGUAAUGCAGUUGGAUCAUGUUCUGCAUGUUAGAACAACUGGUCAGGAGGUGUACGAUGCAACUAGACGCUCUGUUCGUUGGUUGGACCGAUGUAUUGAUGCCCACAAACCACAAUUGCCAAAGCAAAAUCUCUUUGCUAUCACUCAAGGAGCUUUAUAUGAAGACUUGAGGGAAGAAUGUAUAGGAGAAAUGGUGAAACGAAAAGAUAAGGCAAGAUUCGCGAUUGGAGGCUUGAGUGGGGGUGAAGAGAAACCCGAUUUCUGCAGAACGGUUUUUCAAUCAACUGGACUAUUACCGAGGGACAGACCUCGUUACUUGAUGGGUGUAGGAUUUCCUAUUGACCUGAUGAUUUGUGUUGCUCUCGGUUGUGAUAUGUUCGAUUGUGUUUAUCCAACUCGCACCGCUCGGUUUGGACAGGCUUUGGUUGAUUGGGGUUUGGUGAAUCUCCGCCUGACUGACUACACCUACGAUUUCCGUCCAAUCGAGCCGGGGUGUUCAUGUCCCGCGUGUUCUGACGGAAUUUCGCGCUCCUGGCUUCACGCUGCAUUUGGAGCUCGUCAGCCAACUGCGGCCUCCUACGUUAGCAUGCAUAAUCUGACCUACCUCCUCAACCUCAUGUCGAGAGCUAGAGAGGCAAUCAUGACGGACAAAUUCCCUCAAUUCCUCAAACAAUUCUUCAAACGCCGUUGCAGACCCGCGAAAGGGGGGUCACAAGGAGACAGUGAAGAAUCGUAUCCUGACGUGGAGUAUGAAUUCGACCGGGUACCGGAAUGGUGUGUUGAGGCUCUCAAGCGAGUGAAUGUGGAGCUGUAG